AUGUAUACCGCAGAAAGCGAUAUCCAGGCCGGUUUUCACAAGCGUCUUCUAAAUUUCUUUUAUAAAUUUUCAGCUAAUCAAGAUUUAUAUUUACUUGAACUACCACCAAUUAUUAAAAGCAAAAAUGAAAUCAAAAUUGUUCAUUAUUAUUUAAAUAAAUUGUUUAAUUGUUCUUAUGAUUCUUGUGACUUUGAUGAAUUUAUAUUCAAUCCAAACUUGAUUCAAUUAUUAUUUGGAAAUGCCAAACAAUUCUAUGUCCAAAAUUGCAUUCUGUCUAAUUUUGCUCACAAUAUUGAGCAUUUAUUUCAAUUUAUUUUGAACAAUCUAGUUGGUGAAACACUUGCAAUUGAAUUUUAUCUAGAUAAAGACAUUCUGGAAAAAUAUAGAGAUACUUUAUUUAAAAUUUUAAUGAUUAGAGGAAACAAUUUUAAAAAAGUUCAUUUGAAGUUUUAUAAUACUCCAGAAAUGUCAAAUUUUCUUUUAAAUGUAACGAUGCUUUAUGAACAUAUUGUUGAAUAUAUAGCAAUAUCUAGAGACUGUUCGACAAUAGUGUCUGAAAUUAUUUUGGAUUAUUCUUCCCCUACAAGUCUUAAAUUAUGUGAAAGAGCAGAAAAGGUCGAAAUUAAACAAUUAAAUAGAAUUAAAUUUACAAAAUAUCAAAUUUCCAAUAUUCACAACUCCAAAGCUAAAUACUCAGUUUGUAAUAAAGAAAGUCACAGUGCUUUUUCGGAUUUUGACAUUCAAAUCAGAAUUAUAAAAGAGUACAACGGAAUGGAUCAAUUUAUAUUAAAAUCAGAAAAAUGUAAGAAUAGAACUUGA